AACAGCGGCCACGGCAACAUCAACACCACCAACACCGUCGAGUUCGAUUUCGAGAGCAAAGCGGGCAACACGGACAGCGCAGCGUUAACGGUUUCGCACAGUGACCCGCCACUCGACGCACUCGUCACUGGAAAUCCAACGCCGCCAAGACCACUCACUCGUCAGGACUACGCCUGCCUCGACUCUAGCGAGGCACAGUCGGACGAUAGCCACCUAACACGAGACUCCAUUACCAGGGAGUCGCAGAACGACGAGCUCUCCUCCUCCACUCUCGAGAAACUAGACGUUAGCACACUUCCCUUGCCCGCUCUGCCCAAGCGUCGGCGCACCCGAUCCCGCGCCAGUCCCUCAAAGCACCUGAAGCCUCCACAGCCGCCGCGCCAUGAAGCCGUCGAAGAUACCAGUGCAGGUGCAACAGCAGGAGCAGCUCAGCAGCCACCCAAGCACCGUCAGCGAGCAGCUAGUCCGGACGCUCAGAAGCCGGAAGUAAGCAAUCAACAAGCGAACCAGAAGCAACCAACUCCUCAGCAGCAGCAUCUCUCGGCCUUCCAGCAGUACGUGGCGAAGCGAAGGGAGAGCUUGGAGGCCUCCAACAGGAGUUUCAACGAGAAACUGGAGGCGCGCAGGAUGCACUAUCACAUGGGCGGGGCCAAUGGAGGUGCCCCCAACGGAGGAGUUCCCACCUAUCUAUUUGGGGAACACUUUCACGGGGGACACGGCUCCGGAUCCGGGCGGAAAUCGAUCUCCCCCGCCACCAACAAGGAGGAGAUUUUCCUCAACAAAUCCGGAUGGGUACAGGUCAACACCAAGCGCGGCAGCAGCAAGGAAGACUAUCAUAGACUGACCUAUGGUCAGCAGAAUGGAGGAGUUCCGGAUCGUGGUAGAACCCCGUCCCGGGCCAUGGGAAUGGAUCACAAUCGUCGCUCGGACCUGGCCCGGCAGUCGUUUAUACAGCAGCACCACCAGCAACAACAGCAGUCUGAUUCAAAGUUUGUCGGCUCAAAAGUGGAGGAACUCAUCCAGAGAAACGAGGCGCGUUUAAGUGGCUUCUCUUCGCGAGAUCCUGCCCUUAGGCCGGGCUACCGGAUUAUCGAUCCCCAGCUGGCGAAUAUUCUCAACGAGCGACCCGGCUUCUUACCAGUGAAGAGCCCCAAUGACCUAGACACGCCCAUCACGCCCAUACUGUCGCCGCCACCCGCUUUCCAGGACAACAGUCGCAGCAGUCGGCAUCCGGAACGACGCAAGCCAAGUCGGCAGCAAGUUCCGUUGCCGGUGCCUUUGCCCGUGCCACUUCCGUCACAGACACAGUCCCAGCUGAGCACUCAGCAGCAAAUGGCCAAUGGCACCGCCAAGGGCAUGGUAUUCUCCCGCAGCUUUGAGUACGACACACGGCGGCCCACCCCCACCGACAGCUACGUGGAAACCUUUUCCCGCAGCUUUGAUGGAAACCUGUCGGAGCGACCCUUGAACUUGGGCAUGCCCAUGAUGGUGACUCUGCAGCGCGAGAGGUCCCCCAACUUCAGCACCCUGACUGGGAACUCACCCAACUAUUUAACCAAACGGGAGAGCAGCGGCGGGGGCGGCAGCAGUGGCUCCCUUCGCAGCCGGGACAACUCGCCCAAGUAUCUGAAUCCGCAGACGACGACUGCCUAUUUGAAUGCAGCGGUAAAAGAGGCGCCACCAGUGUACAGUGUGGCCACCAACCAAGCAAAGUACUCGCCCCGUUCCCGGCAUGAACGGACCGCUGAGCGCACCAAGAGCCAUGCUCUGGGACGGUCGCGAAAGUCCCAGUUCAGUCGGGUGGGCAGCGCAGGUCCUUUGGUCGCCCACCCACCCACUGGGAUAAGCAUGGGCGUGUCGCGAUUCCGCAGCUUCGAUACGUCCAAGAGUCAGCGCCUCAACUCCUGUGACAGUGGCGCGAGAUCAGAUCUCUCCAACGACGAGCUGGACAACGAGGACGGCGGUCUGAACGAGUUUCUUUCCGCUGGCACUCACAAGUUCCCCAAAACCGGGACAUGUAGCGUUAGCAUCUCCCCUUUCAAGAUGCAACGCCAACGCUCCCUAACUCCGGAUCGCAACGAGUCGCACAGUUCGUCCAGCAGCCUGCGGAAACAGCGUUCGCUGACUCCCGAAUCCAGGUCACUGACCCCCGAGGAGCGCCGCAAGAAGGGCUCCCAGCUGUCGCUCAGCGGCUCCCGUCAGAAUUCCGGCUCAAGGAGCAGCACAUUGGAGUCACGUCAACGACACGAGGACAGGACGCCACCCAACAUCUCUCGCAGCUCCUCCAGUUCCAGCUACAGUGGCGGGGACUCCCACGAACCCCUCAAUGCCAGCAACAGCGCUACAGUCACGGCUUCGGUGGUGGUUCCCGGCAGUAGCUCCUCCAGCCAUCGACGUGCUCUUACCGCCAAGCAGGCGGAACAGGAGCACCGCAUCAGACGGUCCCGGUCAUUGCAGCUUAGUGAGCGGUCACCGAACCGGACUCACAAAUCCGUUGUGAAUGUGGGUGGCGUAGUAACGACUCAGCCGCCACCGGCAUCGACCGCCAGCUACCAGCAGACCCGCCUGGCCAGCGGAGCUAACAUUUUUCCGCCCAGCAUUAGGGCUUCUUCGAGCCGUAACCAAGCCUCUUCAUCUGGGAGUGCGGUAAGGGUGCGUCAAAGCCAAAAUGAGGCGGAUAAGGCCCGCUCCUUUGACUUUGACUACAACAACUACAGCCGCGGUGGGCGGAAGGUAGAGUCCUCGGCAAGAACGGCCCACACUAGCGGAAGCGGAGGCGAUAGUGGCAGCAACCAGAACCUGCGCAUCGAGCGGGAGUCCCGCUCCUUUGACGACGACUAUCGCGAGGCAAUGUUGAACAACAACAACGGCGGAAGCGGACGCUUUCUACAGCCCACGGUUGCGGACUCGGGACACGGCUCACUGGCCUCCAGUUCGUCAUCCCGCCUGCGCAAGAGCAACUCGCCGGUCAACACAUCGCCCAACAUGGAUCACGGCGCAUCGAGGUCGCCGCAAUCCUCGGGCUCUUCUACAAACAAUCUCCACCAGGCGCAGCCCCGGCAGUCGGGUAGUCCGCAGAGCUACGGGACGCGUUUGUGUGACCACGAACUCACAUACGAGAUGCUUCGGAAAUCACCGAUCAUGAACUUCCGGCGGGGCGACAGCAGCGACUACGAACUUCCCGUAAUGCUCCGAAAUCGGGAGACCAUAAACUCCGGCGGCAACAGUGAGCUGAACUUUAUGAGUAACGAGACUAGAAUUUAUGAGCACCCGACAACGGUCUUGAAGCCUCAACGCUCGCUCCGCCAAAAUCCAGGAUCACGGGACGACCUGACGACCUUGGAGGUGGCUGUGGGCGUGGGUGGUGACUACAUCUACCGGCAGGCAGCCACUCAGCCGCGCAGUAGCAGCACACCCAAUGCGAAUCCCAAACCCAUACCCACACCCACACCCAAUAGAAGCUGCAGUAAGACAUUGGAUACCUGCGACUAUUGGCCCCGAUGCGCGGGCUGUCAGGAAAAAAGUGCCAGUGCACCUGGAGUCAGAACGGAGAAGAAGGAUAGGAAGGAGCAGCUACCGCAGCAGCACGUCACCACAGUGGCCGUCAACGAAAACCCGAAGCAGCCACGCGUCGAAAAGUCCUCCAAUCCACCAUGGACCUUCUUGUGCAGCGGAGUGGCCAGCAUUUGCCAUUCAGAUAGUAUACAGACAACGCAGGAGGCCGGAACAGGAACAGUAGCUGGAAGAGAAGCUGGCGUAGAAGGCUCCCCAGUGGCAUCACAAAAGGAGAUUGCGCUCAGUGUUGUGUGCCGAAGGGAGAGGAAAAAGCAAACGAAGGCCGUAAAGGACAAGUGCCGUCGCGACAGCAGGAAACGCAGUCGAUCCCUGCCCAGCAUGCUGAUGCCACAAGGACCUCCAGUCGAGCGAAUGCCAAAAAGCGGAAGUCAAGGAGCCAGGAGCAACAGCGUCUUUGCCGUGGGACUGUCGCAGCAGAUGCGGGCCGUUUCCAGUCCCACGCUCUCGGAGCCACCACCAACAUCGCAGCCGAAGCCGAAUCCCAAGCCAGACGAGGGCUCGGAAGCGGCGACAGGAAGCACAAACGCCGGCGGAGGAAGCGGCGGUGGAGGUCUGGGCGUUCUCCAGAAGUUCAAGCGGACGUUCAACAACUUCAAUAACAAAAAUCAGCUCAACAUUAGUCCUUUGCCUCCAUCGGCCGGCAGCCAGGCGAAGGGCAAAUCCUCGCCCACGACGACAACACCCAUUGUGUCCAUCACGGCGCCUCCUCCCGCCAACGCCGCCACAGGCGCCACAGUCGCCAACGAACCUGUAAAUGAUGGGGGUGACGGGAGCUCUGGCAAAUACCGAUUUGGGCCCCUCAUUUGGCGCACCUCCAAGGAGCGGCGGAAGACCAAGUUCAAUCGACGAGACAAGUGCAACUCCGGCGACUCGGGCAUUCAGAUUGAGCUCGAGCAGGAUGAGCACUAUUCCAGAGUGCUGGCCAUUGGCAAUGGCCAGGGGGGCGACAGGGCCUCGGCCCCUGUCAGCGGGUGCUCUGGACAGGCUGGUGCCGACGCCAAAAUCCGAUCCAUUAGGCGCACCAACUCGGCCAAGGCCAGCAGCCUGCUUGGACGUGGACCCAUCGCUCUGAAAUCCAGAAAUGCCAAGCUGCUGAACGAGAAAACAGAACGCGAGGCCCCCGAGUCGCUGCCCACUCGCUCCCUGAGUCAGCCGAACGGCCUGGAGACCUAUGGAAUGGGAGGGCGUCCGGAGGCGGAGGACAGCGACAGCGACAGCGUGGCAUCGCACGAAGAAGCUGUCAGCUACUAUACCACCAUCUACGCCGAGGUGCUUUAUAACUUCACGGCCGGCGGGCCACAGGAGCUGGGCCUGGAGCGGGGCAUGCUCAUCGAGAUUCUGCGCAAGGAGGUCGGACCCUGGUGGUUCGGACGCAUCAAGAAGGAAGAGACCAACCUCGUGGAGGAGAUACUCGAUCCCGAGCUGGGCUGGUUCCCCAAAGAGUUUGUGCGCAUUAUUCACUGUCCGGAGACCGAUGUGUUUUUCAAUGCGCACCGUGCGGCCGCCGCCGAAGCAGCAGCUGCCGAGGAGGAGGCCGCAGCAGCCGUGGCGGGUUCUGGCGGGGAGGCCACUAGCAACACCAUACCCAUUCCAGUGGCGGCCUUCGACCAGGACGCCGAGGCGACUGGAAACGGAGAUGGGGACCUCGAUGUCACCGUAACCACUGACCAAAGCAACAUCACCACCAUAGUCAUUGAAUCGCCACCCAAUCCCCUGAGCUCCAAUGGGCCUCUGGACCAGGACAACAUCCUGCGCCGCAGUGCUGUGCGCGAACUGCUCGAAACUGAGGUGAACUAUGUCAAGCUGCUGGCCUCCAUCUGCGAUGGAUAUCUGCCCGCCAUGAGCAAGCGCAUCGAUAUAUUCUCGCCCAACAGUAUUCGCCUGAUCUUCUCCAACAUAUCAGCCAUCUACAAGUUCCAGCGAAAGUUUCUGGAGGCCCUGCGUCGCGGAAUCGAGCAGAACCAGAUUGCCAAGGUGUUUCUCAAAAUGCACAAAGGCUUCCUAUGCUACUCCACCUACUGCAAUGCCUAUCCUCGCGCAUUGAUCGAGCUCGAGUCCUACGAUCGCGUCAAGGAUGCACGCACCAUACUGGAAAACUGUCGCGAGUCGGAGAACCUGGCUGAGUUGCCCCUGUCCGCCCACCUCUUGGCUCCCGUCCAACGGAUCUGCCGAUAUCCUUUGCAUCUGAACGAGAUCAUCAAGUCGGCUCUGGCCAGUUGUCCAGCUGCUGGCCAGGCCGGACCAGAUGCCGAUGAAGUGGAUGGAAGCGAUCAAGUCAAGCCGACACCCGCUGACUACGAGCAGAUGGACAUCAGCGAACUGGACGUCCCGGACACCCACGAGGUGGUCAACCAGGCCUUGGACGCGAUGCGAGGCAUCACUGAGGCCGUCAACGAAGGCAAGCGCCACAGCGAGACGAUUGCCCGGCACCAGGCCAGCUUCCAGAACUUCAAGGGCCCGCCACUUCACCUGCACAGCGCCCGCUUCUUCCUUCAGGUUGAUGCCACGCGCCAGAAACAGAACCUGUGGAACAGUAGCUGCACCCUGUUCUUGUUCGAUAACCAGCUGGUCUACUGCAAGCGGGACAUCAUCAAGCGGAGUCACUUCAUCUACAAGGGACGCAUCUUCCUCGACCGCUGUCGCGUGGUCAAUGUACGUGAUGGCAAGAUGUUUGGACACACGAUUAAGAAUUCCCUACGCAUUUACUGCGAGUCCCGCGAUAAGUGGUACGACUUCAGCUUCCGGUCGGCGAACCGGAAACACCGGUUUCUGAGCACCCUCGCCUUGGAGCGGCAAUUCGGAGGCAAGGCGUUGUACGUGUCGGAAAUGACGGGCUUCGAGUACAACUACGAUGAGCGACCCGGCGAUUGCUCCGAUCAGUCGGACUACGAGGCGCCGGAAUUCGAACAUGCCGGCGGAGGUGCCACCUCGGCCAGUGGGGACAGCUCGGUGCCGGAAUCACCAGCCAAAUCGACGUCCCGUCUGUGCGAAACGCUCCCCAAGAAGUCGCAGUCGCGGGACGGCAUCGCCAGCGCCAAUACCAGUGCAGACAACUCCACGACAUCCACGGGCUCGCUGGGCAGGCGGCGCAUUGGGAAUUGGUUCCGUAAGCCGAAGAGCACCAACUGCACGCCCAGCCAGUCGCCGACGCACAAGCCGAGCUUCGAUGCGGACGAAACCCUGACAGAGGCCCGGGUGGCCGCCAUGGAGCUGGCUGAGGCCGCUGCGGCGCUUAUCCCCACGGACAGCUCGUCGGCAUAAGGAGUCGCUGCCGGU